AUGGCUCUGGCGGGCCGCGCCGGCCGCCUGUGCCUCGUCAUCCACGGCAAGGUGUACGAUGUCAGCGACUUCGCCGCGGAGCACCCCGGCGGCGAGUCCGUGCUGCUGGAGAAGUCUGGGAAGGACGCGACGGAGGUUGAGGACGCGGGUCACUCGGGGGACGCGCGCGACAUCAUGCAGCAGUACUACAUCGGCGAGCUUGAAACGGAAGGGUCAACGUCGGAAAGGCCGCAGGCGAAGAAAAUACCGGGGUGCUCCUCGCCGAGGUCCGCCAAAUGCUGCUGCUGGCUGUGGCUGGCGCCGGCGGUGGCGGUCGGGUUGGUGGUCGCCUGGCGCUACUACCGCAGGGCCUAGCGGGGGCCACGCGGGAGCCACGCGGGAGCCACGCGGGAACUUUCCAGCCAGCCCGGCCAGCCUGUACGAGGCCUCGGGAGCUCGGCAUUCCGUACGCUGAACCUUCACUCGCAGCCUAGCCCAGCCACUCGACACAAUGACUCAGAACUCGGCCCGCAACUAGCUACCAACAAAGCCCAGCUAUCCUCAACCAAGACUUGUCAUCAUCAUCAUCAUUCAUUACGCCGAUGUCGUGCCUCACACAAGCGUAAAAACAAGUGCCGGGAGCGGCAACCGAUGCAAAUCGAGAAGCACAAUUGAACGGAGGACUCGUGGACUCAGAUUCACAAUAAUUUUUCAAAAAAAAAAACCUUGAGUACCAACUCUGCACUACCAGCUCAGCCCUGCCACCCUGUUGUACCAGGACCUGACCCUACCAACUCAGCCCUGCCACCCCGCACCUAUCAGCACACAGACCUGACGCUCGGCCAGUCCCGCCGGCUAGCCUUCCCAGCUAAGGCGCGUGACCCACUCUGCACUACCGGCUCUAGCCCAGGGGUCGGCAAAACCUGCGGCUCUUGAGCAGCAUGCAGCCCUUUAGAGGAAGCGCUUCGUGUACGUUAUUUAUUGAGGACCACCACCAUCUCGUAUUGACCACGUGCAUUGCGCGGCUCUUGAGAGAUCGAUUUUAUUUUUACCGAAUAAAAAAAAAAUGUUAUUUCCAUUGCCGACCCCCGCGCUAGCCCGAGGACUCGUCACCAGACCCAGCGUGCUACCUGCUUAGCCCUGCCACGCUGCGCAAGGACUACAGCUACUCGGGUUGCCCCUUCAGCCGGCGCAGUACCGUCGGCAGAACAGGCUGCGGACUACCCGACAUCAACUGCGUGCCUGAGUACCCAGCUGUUUCCAGCCCCCCCGUCUUCUCCCUCCAGAGGAGAGGCCGACGAGAAACAUGGAAACAUGUGCCCACCUCGCCCACCUCUCCCUGCAUUAGCCCUAGGGGCUCGCUCUCUCUCCCCUGCUUUGCCACGGUGGCUAGGAGAUGUUAACUAUCUCGCCCGGUGUGCAGGAGGUCGUGGGGUUCGAUCCAGACCCUGACGCCUGCUGCUGUAUAUUUGGAGUUUGCAUGUCUCUCAUCAUCAUCAUCACGGUGGCUAGGAGAUGUUAACUAUCUCGCCUGGUGUGCAGGAGGUCGUGGGGUUCGAUCCAGACCCUGACGCUUGCUGUGUAUUUCGAGGUGCGUUUCUCUCUCCCCGUGGUCGCUCGGAUUUUUUUUUUCUCUCCGGAUCUUCCGGAUUUUUGUCCCCUCCACAUUCAGAAUCAACGUCGCACGUUCAGAGUAUUUGGCUGCGAUGAAUUUCCACGAUGAUGAUGAUAAGCCACUUUGGUGGAGCUGUAAAUUGUGGCCAGUUCAAUUCUGAAAGAGAGCUAUACAGCUCGGUGGGCCUUAGCCGGUAAAAUAAAAUAGUUAUGAGUUUAGCUUU